CGGGCCCGCGGAAGCCGCGCAGGCGCACGGCAGCCGCUGCAAUGGCGUUGCCGGGCUCCUUGAAUAGGUAUCUGCUGCUCAUGGCACAGGAGCACCUGGAGUUCCGCCUGCCGGAAAUAAAGUCUUUACUGUCACUGUUUGGAGGCCAGUUCACUAACAGUCAGGAGACUUAUGGAAAGUCUCCAUUUUGGAUUCUUAGCAUUCCCACUGAAGAUAUUGCAAGAAACUUAAUGAAACGGACAGUGUGUGCCAAGUCUAUAUUUGAACUAUGGGGUCAUGGAAAAUCUCCUGAGGAGCUGUAUACUUCUCUUAAAAAUUACCCUGUGGAGAAGAUGGUUCCAUUUCUACAUUCAGAGUCUACAUAUAAAAUAAAGAUCCACACGUUUAAUAAAACAUUGACUCAGGAAGAAAAAGUCAAACGAAUAGAUGCCCUUGAAUUUCUGCCAUUUGAAGGGAAAGUGAACUUAAAGAAACCGCAGCAUGUAUUUUCUGUUUUGGAAGACUAUGGUUUGGACCCAAACUGCAUCCCUGAGAGACCACACAAUAUUUAUUUUGGUAGAUGGAUUGCAGAUGGACAGAGAGAGCUAAUUGAGUCAUAUAGUGUCAAAAAGAGACAUUUUAUUGGAAAUACAAGUAUGGAUGCUGGUUUAUCAUUCAUCAUGGCCAACCAUGCAAAAGUGAAAGAAAACGAUGUUGUCUUUGAUCCAUUUGUUGGAACAGGUGGUCUCCUGAUAGCAUCUGCUCACUUCGGUGCAUACGUGUGGGGAACAGACAUAGACUACAACACUGUUCACGGCUUGGGAAAGGCUAGUAGAAAAAACCAGAAAUGGCGAGGACCAGAUGAAAACAUCAGGGCAAAUCUUCGUCAGUAUGGCUUAGAGAAGUUUUACCUUGAUGUCUUGGUUUCAGAUGCCUCUAAGCCUUCCUGGAGGAAGGGAACGUAUUUUGAUGCAAUCAUCACAGACCCUCCAUAUGGCAUCAGAGAAUCUACAAGAAGAUCAGGUUCACAGAAGCAAAUGCCAAAGGGAAUAGAAAAAUGUCCAGAAAGCCACGUUCCUGUCUCCUUGAGUUAUCACCUGAGUGAUAUGUUUUUUGAUCUAUUAAACUUCGCAGCUGAGACCCUCGUACUAGGUGGAAGACUAGUCUAUUGGUUACCAGUAUAUACACCAGAGUACACUGAAGAGAUGGUGCCCUGGCACCCUUGCCUGAAGCUUAUUAGCAACUGUGAGCAGAAGCUUUCCAGUCACACGGCAAGGCGCUUGAUCACAAUGGAAAAGGUGAAAGAAUUUGAGCAGAACCGGGACCAGUAUUCAAACCUGCUGAGUGACCAUUUUCUGCCAUACCAAGGUCAUAAUUCCUUUCGAGAGAAAUAUUUUAGUGGUGUAACAAAAAGAAUUGCCAAGGAAGAAAAAUCUAGCCAAGAGUGAAAAUAUGAUUGACAAUCAAGAAAGAAUUUUGAAUAGCAAAGACUUUUGGAAAUGAAUUUGUGUGUAUGAUCUAGAAAAUGCUGUGCUGUUUUUGUAUAAAUAACUGCUAUGAAUCAAAACUGAAUAAUUUCAGAAUGAUCUUUGUUUUAGAGACAAUUUUGAUGGGCCUUUUGGACCUUGUUAAGUUUUAGGGACUGAUACAUAUAGAUGGACUUGGUGUUUAUAUUUUUUACAAAGAAAAUAUUGUUAACUUUUUAGCCAUAUCUGCCAGACAUAUAGUAGUCAAUUAAUAGUGCUUUGGAAUAUUUUCAUUUUGUAAAUUUGCUUGGUUUGGUUUUUAGUUGUAACGGUUUUUCAUUGCUACCAGUAAACUUUACUGAGGAUUUCUAAAAAUUGUGUGGUACUCAAUAUUUUUCAUCUCAUCUCCCGGAAAGCUUUGGGGAAAUUGAAUGUUUGACCCUCGGUUUCAUACUGGUCAGAACAACAGUGGUUGUACUGCUGGGAGGCGGGCUAAGGCCUGAGAACUGCAGAGAGGUUCCAACCCUAACACCUCCAAGAGCCUGUGCGUCCGCACUGCGUCUGCAUCACAUCUGCACCUUGAAUUUGCUCCUGCAUUCCUAAAACUUGACUGUUGGUCAAGUUAACUAACUACCCUGAAUUUUUGGUGUAGAAAGUAACCAGUAGUUAAAUUCAGGAACAACAGCUCAAGUCCCUGAUGACCGACCCCCUAAUGGUUUGAAGCCUAAUCAGUACUCUGUGAAACAGAAGCUGUAUUUUUCUUGAAGGGGAAACUUUGCUGAGUCUACAUUGUGUCCAUCGUGGAAAUAUCUUCUUUGAAAACCACUGAACCCAUUAAUUCUGGAUGCUAAUAGUUUUGCUUUUGGUGGUCAAAUGUACCUCAGCAUGGCGGCAGUAAAUGGAUACUUCCUGUCUAACCAGAGCCUAUUUUUAUUUGUGUUAUUAUUGUUAUUAUUAUUUUACUGUGACUGCUGAGUUUUAUGAACUCACAAUAUUAACUUACAUGGCUUAGGAGCUGCAAAAGACCAAUGCUACUGAGUGGGGUCAGGCGUUCCACUGUGGUCCUGUCUUGUCAUGCGUGCAGCACUGGAUUUCAGCACGUCUAAAACCUUUCCUGAUUGUUUUGUUUGGGUUUCUGGAUGCUAUUUGUGGUACACUGGGGAAAAUUUAAAAGUAUUCAAGGCUGAUUUAUUUGCAGUAUUUCUGUUAUACACCAUCGUAUUUUUAAGUUUUUGAGGUUAGGUGGGGGAUGGGUAUGAAACUGUGUAGCUGACGCAGUUGGAAUCUGAGAUUUUUAGUUUAACCCCUUUUUGUGGACUGUCUCAAAACUUCAUCCAAAUAAGUUCUAGAAAUUCACAUUAAUUUUAGACACUUUGUCCUUAAAAAUAAACUCAUAGUAAAAAAAAUUAUUAACGUUACUAUUAAUUGAAGUCUUCUGGACAUCAAUUCUUCCAACUAUAAGGUUUCUUUUCAUAUUUAUGAGCAAGUUCAGCUUCCUGUUCCUGAAUGUCAAA